AGCAGAAGCAUAUGCCUUGCUACUGAAUCCAUAAGUAUACAUGUGCAUAACGGCGCCAACAUUUGCGCAUCGCGAUUGGCAAGACGAUGGUCGUGUUGCUUCAAGAUGUCAUUACGUAGGUUCUGCUGCCUGCGUUUUCACCGAAGUCGGUCAAAGCUUUAUGGUUCACUUUCCCAACAACUCUGAUUGCUCGUCCUCGCUCGGACAUCGUAUAUAAGUGACGAUCUUGUGACAAAGGAAGGAUGUCAUCUGUCCCUAGAAUGGAAGAUGAUGAAGCCUUUAGUCUUGGACAAAACAUCACCUUCAUGACUCCGACAAUGAACGAAAGUCGCAUUCAUAUGUCAAGAAUGAGAGCUGUCAUUGUUCCCGACUUGAGACCAACAUCAAAACCGAGCGCAUGUAUUGUUUGUCUGGUCAAUGUUGAGCUUGCCAUUGGAAACCUUGCCAUGGUCUCUUUGUUCCAAUAAUUCCAUCAGGUGCCAUCACCACGAAAUGCCCAUCCCUUCCAAUGGACAGAAUUGAUAAAAACUCAUUGCCUCAAAGAUGGUCUUUACCGGCAUCGUCACGUUGUUCAAUCUUUAAAUCUCAUCAGCUGGCUUUCCCACUACGCACCGGAGUUUCUCUUGAGAUUGACACUUGACCAAACUUCUCACCAUGGCCUCCUUCCAAGCUCGCCUGCCAAAGACACCAUAUGCCGACGCCUACCAGUCUCGCUACAUCGAGGAGAUACUCUGCCUAGGUGGUGGGAAUGAAGACGCUCCCAAUGGUCCAUAUGCCGAGAUGGAUACCGAACUUCUGGGUCACGUCAACUGCGGUUAUCUUUCAACACACGGGCACGCGCCUACGCUGCUCGCCCUCAAGCAACACGCGCAAGCGCUGACCAUUCUGAUUGCCCAGCUCGCGCCGACAUCUCAGUACGCCGAGAUCGACAAUGAAAACAACAACGAGGACCGCAUCCAAAAGUCGUUUCGAGACAACGAGGCCUUUGACUGGCUCAACGACUUGCAGAAGCCAUACGCAAACGACGACGAGUGGCACAACAAGCCCCUGACCGACCUCAUGAACCUGAUCCAGCACGAGUCCGAUACCCAGGGCACCGUCCACCACUGCCCCCUCCACGAAUACAACGAAGACAAGGACAAGCGCACCAAACCCCGCCCCUACGCCACGCACACCGCCCUGGCCUCCCACGCAAACGAGUGUCUCGAGAUGCUGGACCACGAGUACGGCGCCACGGGCGGCCUCCUCUCCCUCCUCCCCACCAACGAGGACCGCGACUCGGACGAGAUGGCCGCCGUGCGCAACAGCCUGCUCGGCCAGUGGCUCCUCUACACCCAGCACCUCGUGGCGCGCAUGCACGACCUCGAGCUCGGCUACGCCAACGCGCUCGACGUCACCGCGGGCGAGGCCGCCGUGCCGAUGCAGAUGCUCUCGAGGAUGGGGCCGGACGCCGCCUCGGGCCGCGAGGUGGCGUAUCCGCAGGAUAAAUGGAUCCUCGCCAACGCGGGCGACGACGUGUUUGACUUUUUACACCGCGUGUUGGACAGGCAGGAGGCGCAGAUCGAGCAGAAGAGGGAGGUGUGGGCGGCGAACGGGACGUAUGGCGAGCGUUUGUGGAACGAGCAGCGCGGCGGGGAUCUCUAUGCCCGCGGGCUGGUGUUUUACGAUGUCAAGACGCGGUAUUACAGGCUCGCGGGCAAGGGGAGCAAGAGCACCAUCUUUGUGCUGCCGGCGCACGGGGAGCACCCUGCGGUGCAGCAGACGCGGCGGCUGGAGGUGACGCCGACGGUGGUGUCGGUGGUGGCGCCGACGUGGCCUGCGCGCGUGUCGGACUGGGAGAGCAAGUACAAGAACCAGCUGGACGAGGCGACGCGGAUGGAGAUUCAGAAUCACCGGUUGACGAGCGCGGGCGAGGCGAUGAAGGAGCACAAUGAGGUGCUGGCGACGGAGCUCGAUAAGGCAAGGUUCAUGAAUGAGCAGUUUGAGAAGUAUUAUGGGCGGUCCGAGGUCGCGGAGGGGCCGAGGCUAUUGGAGAGGGCGGUGUCUAUCCUGCAGAGGGACGUCAAGGAUAAGACGGAUGAGAUCACGGGGCUGUUGAAUAUGGUGAGGGAGGUGAGGGAGAAGUUGCCGAAUCAGUUUGCGGGUUUGUUUGAUGAUUUGUUGGAGUUGAGUGAGGAGGAGGAGGGGGUUACUGCUGAUGCGGCCGAUGAGGCGGCUGAGGAGGAUGAGGUUGAGUGAUGCUUGCGUGGUGAAGUGUGCAGAUGAAUAUAGGGACGGGGUUGUACAGUUGUGAAGUUUGUUGGAUGGUGUUUCCUUAGAUAAGUGGUGAUGCAGAGGUAAGGUGGCCUCGUUGAGGAGCAUGUUACUCAAAGGUCCACCAGUUGCUACAUGAAUGAGAUCUCUUCUUAUCGCCAACGUAGGGAAGGUACCAACGAUACUUGAGGUCUGAUUUAUCUCAAGUUGACCAUAGCUGGUUGGAUUUUGGGAAAGCCCAC